AUGCGCACACGUAGGAAUGAUCCUUCCCGCAAUGGGAGAGACGAUGAUACCGGGACGUAUGGUGAAGCUCUCGCGGGUGAAGAUGGUGCGGAAGGGACUGGUGCAGUGAUUCCCAAGGUGUCAUUUGGAAAACUGCUUGCUAGGGCUAACAGGGAUGACGAGAGCGAGAUGUCGCUACCCAAACCAAAACAUAAGCACAAACACAGACACGAUGUACAUUCUGAGGGUGCUUCUGUAUCGCCUAUUAAGCACAAGCAUCGACACAGGUAUCAACAAGAUGGGCAGUCGACGAGUGCAAGUGAUACCAAACAGAAGCGUAUAGGUGAGAGUGUCUAUGAACGGGAUGGUGACAUGGAGUGGAGUGGAUCGGAAGGAAGUGAUGGAGGCGUACAUGAACGCGGACAUACGUACACGCAUGGGCAUUCACGAGCAAAGAAGCACAAGAAACAUAAGAAGCACAAGAAAGAGAGUAAGAUCAGGCGAGUUAAGGCGAUUAUUCACACCGGCAGCACAUCCGACGCCAACUACGAAGGUCAUACUAAUGGCGUGUUGGAUAUGAGGGAGGGUGUGAUAGGCGAGAGUGGAUUAAUGUCAAGGUACGAUGCGACAGAUAGUCAACAAGAAACAAAGAAGGUAACGGACGAGGAAGAGGACGACGAUGGGGCUCAUACACGCAUUGAUGCACCGUUGCCGCCCCAGGUUGUAAUUGAUCCUGAGAAGGCUGUACAGGAGGCUAACAGUGCACACACGCACACACACACACGUGCACAUACAGUUGCAGGUGAUACUAAGGAGAUGAGGGAAGGUGACGGGUCUUCAGAUGACAUGCACACACAUGAGCGCAAACGAUCCAAGGGGAAAGGUGGGCUGCAGGCAAAGUCAAGAAGAGAAGGGAGUCAAGAUAAGGCCAAGAGGAAACGCACACAGGACAGUUCGGUACAUACACAUGUACAUGCGCAUCAGGAAGAUACUGGCACAGAGGUGUGCGCACCUGCGACUGUCAAUGCACAGGCACAGUCAUCACCUAUGCUUGUGCCGGCUAGGCUUGUGUCGCCGAUUAAACGGAAGCGACCGGGAAGACCUGCCAAAAGGGGCACCCCUGUUGUGCAGAAAACGGACCGGGAGGUUAAAAUAGAGGACAAUUCAGUGGGCAUGCACAGCACUGCGCAAGACGAUCAUACCAGGGAUAGGGCCGCCAACGACAGUGGGAAGGGAGAUGGUCCGACUAAGAAGGACACUGCUCAGAACAGCCCCACGAGGUUACCCAAGAAAAGCAGUGCGCACACAACACUGCCAGUACCAACCCCACAGCCCAUGGCACCAACAACUACACCAGCCCAUACACAGCCUCACUCGGCACACCUUGACUUAGAACACACCACACAGGCAACUGAAUUACAAGCAGAUACACAAGCAACAACAACGCAUAUAGAUAUGAGCCAGGACUCAGUGGCCCCCCUACCUACGAGUACAGAGGCACACAGGCAACUGGCCAGUGAUGCACUUACGCCUACCGACACUAUUACGGCCUACUAUAGAGCGACCGACACUGGCACUCAAAUUGUCACAGAUACGGUGGACCAAAAUGCCACAGAUAUACCCCUGCCCACAGCCAUGGCGGACGACGGUUUUGAAUACGAGUUUGAAGAAGAGGUGCUGGAAUCGAGUGGAGGCCCAGUGCAGCGAAGGGACAUACAGCCGACCGAGAAUACGUACCCACAUGCAGCCGCAGACCUAUAUUCUCAGUCAAAUGCGAGUACGUAUUCGCAAUCAGCAGCUAAUACGUACCCACCAUCGACCGCACACACGUACACACACACAACCGUAGAGUCGUACACACAACCGCCGAUGCAGGCAUACGUGGGGCCUCAGACCACUACUACAGAGAUGUCCUCGUACAAUAACAGCACGCAACUACCCGUGCAACCAGCCUUACCACCAGCCCCACCGGCAGGUACCACCACCGACACAGCCACCACACACGAAAACACAUACACGGCGCAGAUGGGCGAGGGGACUCACGUAGCAACUGGGCUGAAUGCCUCUGUCCAGGCUGGUGGGUAUGUGUCGCACCCACAGCAAUAUCAGUACGACUAUGCCACUCAUACCGACACAACGCAGCUCAAACGUGCCCGAAGUUCGGGAAUGGAGAACACACAGGUGGCGGGCGCUGUGAGUGCGCUUUUGGGGCUGGCUGCGGCUACCGAUAGCUUUGUAGACACGAGGGAGAUCAGUACUGCGGUUGUAAGCACGAGUGGGAGUGUGUAUGGGGAUAUACCUACACAGACGGGUAUGGGUGAACACACAGGCGCAGGCACAGCAGGUGGUGGGGUAUGGAGCGCACCCACCACACAACAUACUACGGGACCCUCCGAGACCCCACAGGCUGUGAGUACCGUAUCCGAAGUCACCAACCAGCAACCUGUGCAGACUACACAUCACAGUACAACUCGGGCGACAAGCGGGACGCGCGAACAGGUCCAGCCCACACAGGAUACACACAUAGCCCCACCACGCACCAAUGUAGUGGAUGGCACACGUGUCAGCACCACAGCCGAUACAGCUGAGGCACGGGACACCCCCCAUACACAGAGUGUCGAUACAAGCGGUGCACACGUAAGUACUGGUAACACACACAGCGCAGUAGACAGGACAGAGAGGGACAGUGGUGGUGUGGCAGAGUGUACGGGCAUGGACAGUGUGCCGAUGCGCCCCACUGAGGGCGAUGGUAUGGUGGCAGAUGUACACGCCCAGCGAACUGGGCUACAGCAGCGGCAGGGGUUGUCUCAGGCGCAUGGAGCGUGUCACGUGUCACAGGUGUCACAAGAUGAGUCGCACGGGCUGGGAAGUGGUGUAGCCAGUGCAAUUAGCACACUGCCGGGACGGGUUGACGCUACAGUGACAGAUAGUUCGGUACUAGUGGAUGGAUGUGUGGAGAGUGUAAAGAGUAUGGAGAGUGUGGAGGAUGAUAAAAGCAAAGUUUCAUCGGAAGUGUCAACAGGCGUGUCAACAGGUAGGACAGGCACGGGGGGUGCAGAAGUUAGAAGUAGUUUUAGUAAUAUUAGUAUAGAUAGAACGGAGAAGGGCAGUGCGGCAGAGCCGGUUGGUUCUGAGAGGCCACCAAGUGUCAGUAGGGCUGGGCUUGUAGGCGCAAAUGAGGCGGGCGAUUUAGAUGAAACGGUGAGUGUAGCAGGCACUACGGUUACGGUUGCUAUGGUCACGCAAGAAACACCCGGAUCAGCCGUUGUGAGUGGGAUGGCAACGACAAGCUCACCACACACGCACCUCCGCACAGCAAGUGUCCCCAAUAAAAGAGAUCCUACACACGAGAAUGCACCACCAUUACCUACACACGAUGAGUCAAGUCUCACCGGACCAGAUGGGCGAUUAAUUAUCGAACAGCGCAUAGCUAUUCCUGUGGGACAGGGUACGACCACUUCGACGCUACAGCAUGAGACCAUACCAAGUGACAAAGCGGAGCUGUCGAUAUCUGCCAAAGAGGGGAUGCUCGAUGGUCGUGCGGAUCAGGUCAUAUUAGUGGUUGACGUGGCAGACAAAAUUAAGUACGAUAAUCAGACAAAUAACAAUCAGACAAGUGAAAAUCAGACAAAUGACAAGCAGCCAGGCGAAAUUCAGACAAGCGACAAUCGGACAACCGACAAUCAGACAAAUGACGAACAGACAAACGACAAUCAGACAAAUGACAAUCAGUUGCACGGGGAGCCUGGUGCCACACAAGAAACGGAAGUGUUGAGCGGAGAAACACAAACGGGUAAUUUAAGGGGAACUAUUAGAGAGGACACGGAGGCCUCUAUCACGGAGAAGACGGCAGACGGAACGGUCAUAGAGAAAACAUUAAGGAAGACAAUUAAAGACGAAUCCGCAUCGUCUAGGACAAUUAAAGACGAGUCAGCUAUAGAUGAUGCUGAGGCAAUCACCAGGGACACACCCUCACAAGGGACAGGGAACGAAGACACAGCGGGUGAGACUGGUACGCCCAAGGGCACUGCCAAGGCGGAUACCAUCAGUGCGACUGAGGGGGAGCAAGUGGAUGUAGGGGAUUACGAUGACUGGGACUAUCAGGGCGGCGGAUUGGGUGGGUUAGGCCAAACACGCGGAAGGGGGGGUCUUGGUUUUAGUGCUGCGGAUGAGAGCGCGGGGGUUGCCAUAGCAACGGAGGUGGGUAGUAUCGGGGAGGAUAUGGACAGUGAGAACGAGGGGGAGCAUACGAAUACAUACAGUCGGUUGGGUGCGAAGCUACUUAAGGCGAAAGGUUGGACGGAAGGUACGGGCCUGGGGUUGCAUGCUCAGGGUAUUGUAGAGCCCAUCAAAGCCGAUGAUAAUGCGGGACGUACCGGUUUAGGAUUCCAGAAGGAGAAGCCCCUAAUUACGCGCAAACGGCACGCCGUGGACCUGAAUGAGUACGUGCCGCACAAGCAACAGUACACGACUAUCAGUCACCCAGAUGAAUAUGAUCCCCAGUGGGGUGCGUCGCUGUUAACGUCUGGUGGAGAGACACUGCGACCAGUGGUAGCACCUCACGAGAGCAUCAAUUACGAUCUGUUUGGUGAUAGCACGGUGGUUGAACGCUUAUUCGAGGCCAAAUCGCAGUUCAAUGGUUUGGAACGGCGGGAAUUUAUCACAGCGCGAAGGAAAGCAAACCCGUACGAGACUAUUGGAAAGGGUGGCAAUGUCUUCAUUAACAGAGCUGCUGUUAAAAUGGCAAAUAUGGACUCGAUGCUCAAUUGGAUCUUCACCUCGCCCGAGGGGUUGGCUUUUAAUGAACCACUUUUAUUCGCCGAUGUCUGUGCUGGCCCUGGUGGAUUCUCAGAAUACGUACUUUGGAAACGCGAGAAACGGUGCAAGGGAUACGGUUUCACGCUGAGGGGUCCGGAUGACUUUAAACCGUACGAAUUCAAUCGCCAGCCCACUGAGCCUUACUUCGAAACAUUCUAUGGCGCUGAUGGGACGGGAGAUGUGACUAACGAAGCCAACAUCCGGGCAUUUACCAAGCUGACUAGUAUCAAAAGCAACAAAACUGGACUGCACCUGAUGAUGGCAGACGGUGGAUUCAGUGUGGAGGGUGAAGAGAACUAUCAAGAGGAGAUUCUGAAGCAGCUGGUGCUAUGCCAGUUCACCGUAGCACUGUCUGUGCUUAGAAAAGGCGGUAACUUUGUGUGCAAGAUCUUUGACAUGUUCACUCCCUUUACCGUGGGGUUGGUGUAUGUCAUGUACAAGCACUUUGACGAAGUCUGCAUCCUGAAACCCUUCACUUCCCGCCCGGCAAACAGUGAGAGAUACAUCAUCUGCCUGGGACUGAAGGAGCGCAGUCCGGCGGUGGUGGAGUGGCUGUUGGCCAUCAAUGCGAAACUCAACGAAUUCGGCGAAUGGGGCAUGGAAGGCGCAGACAACGUAGCUCAUAUUGUAGCCCCGGAGGUGAUAUCGGCUGACAAACAGUUCACAGACUAUGUGCGACAAGCCAACAUUGCACUAGGCGAGCAGCAGAUUGGAGCACUCAACACUCUGAUGAUGUACUGCGAAGACGAUGGGCUGCAACCACUCGAUCAGCACGAUAUCAUGCGCAGGUGUCUGAAAGAAUGGAACGUAGACGUGGAGUAUGAACGCAGACUAAAGUCCAUGAAGCGGCGGAACUCCAACUACGAUAACAUGUAUGGAGGUCAUUCGGGGGCUAAACGCCUAAAAAGUGGGCUUCCUUCCGGGCCUAAUGGGCAUGGGGGUAUGGUGGGACACCAUGGUAGUAUUGGUAUUGGGAGUGGCAGUGAAGUGCCGGAGCGAGAAACUGCGAGGGUAGAGUACUCUAUGCCUGAUCUCACUCAGCCUAGCAAACAUCAAACCAUCGAAGAUUACGAAGAAGCGCAAAGGGACGUUGCUAGACAACGCUCAGCCCAAUACGGCAUGGAGAAAGAGUGGCGCAAGCCGUUUGCUCACAUAAACACAGCCACCUCGAACGCUCCCUCAGCAACCAGCUCGGCUGCUGUGUCGCGACGGCAGUCAUUGGUUGAGAAUGGUGUCCCUCGCACGGGCAAUGCCAGUGGAGGUAGUUCGGUACUUGGCGGUGUGGAUCGGAACAGUCCGCACAGUGGAGGGGCAGAGGAGGGUGACGGAGAUGCGGAGAUGGGGGAUGCGGACUCAAAAAGGAAAAAAGUGUUAACAACAGCCGCGACCUCGAAGAAGAAGAAGAAGAAGAAGAAAGCAAUGGAUCUGGAUGCCGCAUUUUUUGGAUAAUGCAUUUCACUUGGAGCCUCUUGACACACCUGAAUGUAAGCUUUAUAGACACUAUAGUGGCAUAGAAGUCCUCUGUAAACUAUGCCAUUGGUAAAACAUUAGAUAGUCAGUGCUGUUGUGUCAGUGGGAGACGCGAGAAAGUGCGGUACAAAAACCAAAUAGUGCAGAUUUGCCACACUGCAACAGCAGCAUCAUUCAAAUAUUAGCAUGGUAGUGGGUCGGGCGUCGCCAUGGUGAUGAGCUGAUCGAAUAAACUACUUUUCAAACCUGG